UCAGAUGGGAUCAGCCGGCACGGGGCCGGGGAACCACCAGGGUCCUCGACGCCGCUGACCGGGACCCCGAGGGCGGGAGGGCCAUCCAAACGGGCCGAAGGCCUCCCCUUGGGGACAGGCCGAGGGAGCGUCUAGGCCACGCACGUGGCCCGGCCUGCUCGGGCCUUCCUCCUGGACCUCCGGCGGUGAUCCCGAGGAUGCCUGGCCGGGGGCGGCCCACCGCCCACCGGGGCCCCUGGAGGCACUGAAGUGGGGCGUCGGGGUCUCCCCCACGCCACACCCCGGAGCCGGGUCUGCUCGGGGCCCUGGAGGAGUAUGCCGGUUGCCCCCCUGAAACGGAGCCCCCCGCCUCGGGCCGUCUGAGGAGACGCCAGCCAUGCGGCUCCUCACCUGCUUCCUGCAGCUCCUGGCCGGGCUCGCCCUGCCCACCCCUCCACCUCAGUGGGACCAGCUUUCCGGGAACAGCAGCACGUCAGAAGGGGAAGUGCUGCCAUUUCAGGAGGUUUGGGGCCGCAGCUUCUGCCGCGCCCUGGAGAAGUUGGUGGAGAUUGUGGCCGAGUACCCCGGCGAGGUGGAGCACGUGUUCAGCCCCUCCUGCGUCUCCCUGCGCCGCUGCACUGGCUGCUGCGGGGACGAGAGCCUCCAGUGCGUCCCCGUGGAGACGGCCAACGUCACCAUGCAGCUCCUGAAGAUCAAAUCUGAGGAGCAGACGUCAUACAUGGAGCUGACCUUCACUGAGCAUGUGCGGUGUGAGUGCAGGCCUCGGCGGGAAAAGAUGAAACCAGAGAGGAGGAGAACCAAGGACAGAGGGAAGAGGAAGAGGCCGAGACCCACGGCCUGUCACCUGACUCCAGCCGGCCUGGUCGGUGGAGGAAAUCCGAGCCCAGACGCCCGGCCCGGCCCCGAGGCGGAGGCGCAGACCUCCAGAGCCCACCCGGGCACCCCGCCAGGCCUACGAGAAUCCUCCCCGCCCCAGGCUGGGCCCCAGAGCGGGAUUCGGAAGAGACGUCUCCAUCGGGCCCAGCUUGGAAUGCGCCCUGACAUCUGCGGAGCCAGGGGACGGCCGCAGAGAUUUCCCAGACUCCGCCAGCCCCGUCCCUCCCGCUUCAUCGUCGUAAUCGCGGUAUCUGCGAAGCGCUUCCGUACUAAGCGCUGGAUCAGACGCCAUCCUGUUGCAGCCCACCCAGGGGCCUUUCACUUAAUCGGGUUUAUCCAGGGCUUACUUGGUGCGGAGCGCCGUAUUAAGCACUUGGGAGAGUUCAAAAUAACACUAAACAAGACACAUUCCCACUGCUCGCUGGCAGGAGCUCGGUUACCUUGGGGCACGGCGCAGCAAAGCGACAACUCGGCCUCCAAUCUUUCAACGGCUUGUCGGAAGGAAGCCCUCUUCCUGCGGAAUCACCUGAGAAACGGGAAAAGAAGUGGCCCGAGGUCCCCUUGGCAUGGGAGGAAUCACCCCGCACAAGUCGAAAACCCUCUACGGGGCCCCAAACCCGUAGCCUUUCCCCGGCUUGGUUUUGGGAGCUUUGAGCGGGGGACCCUCUGCCCUGUAAACUCGUUGUGAGCAGGAAAUAUAGUUUAUAGUUGCAUUGUA